GUGCGCGUGAUAGAAGCUGCUCCGGGACUUCCUGCAGGAGGACACUGAUGCGCGGACUGAACCAGAGUAAAAGUAUGUGAACAACGGGUGUGUUUAAUUGUGAGGUUCGGAUUUCAGGAGACAUGCCGUCCAAUAAGAGUGUCUCGGAUGCACCGAUAACACAGUUUGUGAACUGCAGGAUCCUGAAAGACCACAAGCUGCAAAGGGAAGACCUGUGGGUUCGGGAGGGCAAGAUCCUCAACCCAGAGAGACUGUUCUUUGAUGAGGAGGGUUUUGCAGAUCAUAAAGUUGACUGCGGGAAUAAAAUCAUUGCACCCGGUUUCAUAGAUGUACAGAUAAAUGGUGGAUAUGGCAUAGACUUCUCCCAGGCCAGCUGUGACAUCAGAGGAGGCUUGGCUGUGGUGGCCAAAAAGAUUCUAGAACAUGGUGUCACGUCAUUCUGCCCGACCCUUGUCACAUCUCCACCAAACAUAUACCAUCAGGUGAUCCCACAGUUCAAAGUUCAAAAUGGAGGACCUGAAGGGGCCGGAGUUUUAGGCGUACACCUUGAGGGGCCAUUUAUAAGUGAAGAGAAGAGAGGCGCCCACCCUCCUCAGUUCCUCCGCACUUUUAAAGCAGGAGGUGUGGCCGACCUGAUGGAGACGUAUGGGCACCUGGAGAAUGUCGCCAUGGUGACACUUGCACCAGAACUGGCCAAUAGUGAAGCAGCAAUCCAUGAACUGGCAGGAAGAGGCAUAGCAGUGUCAGUAGGCCACUCUAUGGCUGAUCUCUCUCAGGCGGAAGAGGCUGUGCUGAAUGGAGCCUCAUUCAUCACACACUUAUUUAAUGCCAUGUUGCCUUUUCAUCAUCGGGACCCAGGUAUUGUAGGAUUGCUUACGAGCGAUCGCAUACCGCCCGGACGGACAGUUUACUACGGUAUGAUUGCAGACGGGAUACACACACACCCUGCUGCACUGCGCAUCGCACACAGAGCUCAUCCUGCAGGUUUGGUGUUGGUCACUGAUGCUGUGACAGCGAUGGGUCUCCCACCUGGUCGACACACUCUUGGACAGCAGCAGAUAGACAUCCAGGGCCUUCAUGCCUACGUCGCAGGCACUACAACUUUGAGUGGCAGCAUUGCUACUAUGGACAUGUGUGUAAGACACUUCAGAGAGGUGUCAGGUUGUACAGUAGAAGCUGCAUUAGAAGCUGCAUCGCUGCAUCCUGCACAGCUGCUGGGUGUCAGUCACAGAAAGGGUACACUGGAAUAUGGCUCAGAUGCAGAUUUUGUAGUGCUUGAUGACACACUGACAGUGAGAGAAACUUACAUUGCUGGACAGCUGGUCUGGAGGAAGUGACAUCAUCUAGAGGACUGCCUCCUGACUGGACGGAUAGAGAAGCCUUUUCUACCAUGGACUUACAUUUAGUCAUUUAGCAGAUGCUUUAAUCCAAAGUAAUUUAUAAAUGAGGAACAUAAGCAAUUUGUCCUAAAAAAAAAGUCAACAAUGUCUGCAGUAUCGCACGUGGAUUUCUAAAACCACACACACAAACAAAAAAAAUACUCUCUGUCUCUCUCUGAGGAUGAUGACGAUCCUGAAUAUAAUGUGCCCUUCCAAAAUCCUUCUUUUUUUUUCUUUACAUUAAUUGAUCCAUGUGUAAAAAGCCAAACACAUUCGUGCAAGCACCAUAAUGACGCAAUGUAUGUUCAUGAAGCUGCUGAAUACGUGUGUUGGGGCGUCUGAACAAGAGCCAGAAUUGUUUACAUACUGUGCCUAUGGAUUGAGGGUUGCUUCAAAGGUCAGGAUGUGGAACAGAAAUCUCAAAGGUCCAGUUAUUUCAAUAAUAACCUACAUAUUAUUACUAUUAUUACCAAUCAGAUGUGAAACUGGACAUUUAACUGAAAAUGUAACUAACUGAUUCCAUGAAAAUGUGUAUAUCACAUUCUUUUCAAUGUCUUUGUGUCUAUAAAAUUCAAGAAUGAUUCUUAUAAAGUUUUUUUUAGUACAAUAAAAAAUGUUUGCUUUAGUGAUACAAAUAGGU